AUCGCCAACAGGUCGUGCGCAAUUUUGCAGUUCACAAUGCCCUCAACAUAUAAAAGGGACAAGCCGUGGGACACGGAUGAUAUCGACAAAUGGAAGAUUGAAGAAUUCAAGCCCGAAGACAAUGCCGGUGGCACUUUCGCUGAAGAGUCAUCGUUCAUGACUCUUUUCCCCAAAUACCGCGAAGUAUACUUGAAGGAAGCAUGGCCGAUGAUUACGAGAACCUUGGAGAAGCACGGUAUUGCCUGCACUUUGGAUUUGGUCGAGGGUAGUAUGACGGUCAAAACUACACGAAAGACUUUUGACCCUGCGGCAAUUCUCAAUGCUCGUGAUUUGAUUAAGUUACUCUCGCGAAGUGUGCCAGCACAACAGGCUAUCAAAAUUUUAGAAGACGGCGUCGCAUGUGAUAUCAUCAAAAUCCGCAGUCUUGUCAAUAAUAAAGAGCGCUUUGUCAAGCGCCGACAGCGUAUUCUCGGACCAUCGGGAUCGACUUUGAAAGCUCUCGAACUCCUAACCGGCACAUACAUCCUCGUUCAAGGAAACACUGUAUCCACCAUGGGCCCGUUCAAAGGAUUGAAAGAAGUGCGCCGAGUUAUCGAAGAUUGCAUGGCAAACAUUCACCCAAUCUAUCACAUCAAGGAACUCAUGAUCAAACGUGAGCUCGCCAAGGACCCAACACUAGCUACAGAAUCCUGGGAUCGGUUCUUACCGAACUUCAAGAAGCGUACCCUCUCGAAACGUCGCGUUCCCCACAAGGUUACGGAUAAAUCACAAAAGGUUUACACGCCUUUCCCACCACCACAGGAGAAGAGCAAGAUCGACAAGGAGUUGGAAUCUGGCGAAUACUUCUUGUCAAAACAAGCCAAGGAACGUGUACGCAAGGAAGAGAUUCAAGAAAAACAACGAGAAAAGCGGGAAGAGAAAAUGAAAGAACGUCAAAAGGACUUUGUGCCUCCGACUGAAGAUGCAGACAAGAAGGAGAAAAAAAAGAAACGGAAGCGUGCCGAAGAUGCGGGUGACCAUACAGAGAAGAAGAAAAAGAAGAAGAAGAGCAAGACAGAUGAAAGUGGAGAGAUUAGCUCAUAACGAGCUUAUUCUUCCGUUUCGUUCUUUUUUUAUGGAGAAUCUUCAUCGCAUUGCUCGGCGUUUCGUUUUAGUUACGAUGUAUAAAAGCUCUGUUUUAGGUAGAUACCUUGUCAAGUGUUAUACUCUGAUUGCUACGGCUUAUGAUUCAG